AAAUUUCCCCUUAUAUAUUCUACAGAAAUUCUUAUUAUCAUUCUUACUUUCAUAUUUUUAAUUCCACAAUUUCACUCUCAAAAUCACCUAGUCUUCUGCUAAGUUUUCUCAGUCAACAUAAAAAUGGCAAAGAACGAAGUGAUGGUGGAUGAAUUUCCUUUUCCUUCUCAGUUUAUGAUCAACACUAAGCCUUUAUCUUUGAUGGGUCAUGGAAUAACUGACAUAGAGAUACAUUUCCUCCAAAUUAAAUUCACUGCAAUUGGAGUUUACUUGGAUCCAGAAAUUUUGACUCAUUUGCAGCAGUGGAAGGGCAAAACAGGAACUGAAUUAACUGUAAAUGAUGACUUCUUUGAGGCUAUUGUUAAUGCUCCAGUGGAUAAAUUCUUGAGAAUAGUUGUGAUUAAAGAAAUCAAAGGUUCACAAUAUGGAGUGCAGCUAGAGAGUGCUGUACGCGACCGUUUAGCAGAAGUAGAUAAAUAUGAAGAAGAGGAAGAAGAAGCACUUGAGAAAAUUGUUGAAUUUUUCCAGUCCAAGUAUUUCAAGAAAAGUUCAGUUAUAACAUAUUCUUUUCCUGCUACUUCUGGCAUUGCAAAGAUUUCUUUCGCAACAGAUGGUAAAGAAGACUCUGAAAUUGAAGUGAAAAAUGCAAAUGUUGUAGAAAUGAUGAAGAAAUGGUACUUAGCUGGAAGUAGAGGAGUGUCUCCUACAACUAUUGCUUCUUUGGCCAACAACCUCUCUGCUGAAUUAUCUAAGUGAAGAAAGGAUGUCAUGUUUAUGUUGUCCUCAUUUGUUAUUUGGUUAUGUUGGCUUUUGUAUAACCUAUGGAGACUGUCUUUCAAUGUUUGUGUUGGAAAUGAAUAAUUUAGAAUUUCUUUUUGAUUGA